AUGACAGAUAAUUUGUUUCAUUCGACAACCGACGUGGCCGGUUCACCAAAUGGUCGUGGAUCUUCACCGCUGAAUCGUCCUUUCCAUCGCAAUCCUGAAUCGUUGCCCCUGUUACGACUGUUUGCCAAUGCACCCAAUGCUUCAUCUUCCUCGGCAACAACUGAUAUGGCUCAUUCAGCGCCACUCAAUUUCAUGUCUUCUUCUCAGCAUCCGUCUUCGACUGCAACGCCUUCCCACCCCUCUCUAUCACCGUCACCUGUCAUUGAUUUCACUGCCAGUGCCACUUCACAGUUAGCCACCUCCACCAUGAAACCUCUUCGUACCGCUACUUCAUCGCAACAGAUCGAUUAUUCGCCUACCGUGAAAGCCCACUCUAAUCUGAAUCCGUCCAUGACCUCCAUUCCCCAACCCGCUAAUCAUUCCCCUCUCCUAUUCCCUAUAUCGCCGCAGAUGAAUCGGGAAGAUGCGUCGACCAAUUUAUCAGCACCCCAAGACACCAUCCGACCUGUGAGUCCGCUUACGUUGAAGCCUACCUACAGCGAAACCAUAGGAACACCCUCUUCGGAAGUCAGCAAUACCUCGUCUGAAAUACUGUCGAGCAGUGGGAAGUUGGUGCCUGGUGCACAUAUACGUUCCCACGCACCGCUGGGAAGUCCCUCCACCGCGAAAUUGUCACCAUCCAAUCGAUCGGCAUCUUCAGAUACCGGUCUCGAAGGCCGACCCAUGUCUCGAGCAAGGUCGCAUUCCGACCAACGCAUGGUGCUUGAUCAAAAUAGAAGCGGAUCGUCUCACGCGCAUGCGGUUCACGGCCAUCACCCAAGUUUCGCAGAAGCUAUACCCAAUGCCACUUCCAAUCUUAAAGGACAUGUGAAUACGUCAUCGCCUUUAGCUCGUCGCGUACGAUCCGCUAUUAGUCUUCGUCACUCGGAGGAGGACAGUAUGCCACUAAAAACCCUCGUUGCCAAUAAACAACAGCAGAUCUACCAAGCAUCGAAACAUGCACAACAGCCUGUAAAAAUGUCGAAACAAUCAAGCAUGACACCUGAUGGUAAACAAACGCCGCAGACCUAUGAAUCUCAUCGACGGAGUAUCAGUGCUGAUCAUGUGGACGAAUCGAGAAAGCACGGAAUGGGAUCCGCUCUGGAAUCAGCGACAAGUACGCUUGAGACGGCGGCCUCUGCAGGGAGCAUGGAGACAAAACAGAGCCAUAAAGGAAAGCCUAAUGAGAAAUAUACGGCGGAAUCACGGACGGGUUCUUCCAAGGGGGGAAGUCCUGUACCAAUGUCAUUGACCCCUGGGCUUACCGGACGUGCAGUUGAAGAUGUUCCAGUGGUGCGUCCUUUGCAACUGGACGGACUUGGCACGGACGAAAGCGUUCAGCAAGAGUUGGUGCAAUCUUUAAAUGAACUGCAUAGUUGGUUGGAUGCACUUGAAAUAGCAUUUUCUCGUCUGAAAUAA